GGGCCCCGCGCUGGCGCCCCCCGGGCCGCCGCCCGGCGCGGGGGCCAUGGCGUUCACCUUCGCCGCGUUCUGCUACAUGCUCACCCUGGUGCUGUGCGCCUCCCUCAUCUUCUUUGUCAUCUGGCACAUCAUAGCCUUUGAUGAGCUGCGGACCGACUUCAAGAACCCCAUCGACCAGGGGAACCCUGCGCGGGCACGCGAGCGUUUAAAAAACAUCGAACGCAUCUGCUGCCUCCUGAGGAAGCUGGUGGUCCCAGAAUAUUCCAUCCACGGCCUCUUCUGUCUGAUGUUUCUGUGUGCAGCAGAGUGGGUGACCCUGGGCCUCAACAUCCCCCUCCUCUUCUACCACCUCUGGAGGUACUUCCACCGUCCUGCAGAUGGCUCUGAGGUCAUGUAUGAUGCGGUCUCCAUCAUGAAUGCUGACAUUCUCAACUACUGCCAGAAGGAGUCCUGGUGCAAACUUGCCUUCUACCUGCUCUCCUUCUUCUAUUACCUGUACAGUAUGGUUUAUACGUUGGUGAGUUUCUAAGGGGGAAGCCGGCCAGGGAGCGAGCCCAGAACGGACCGGACGCCUGUGCACCCCCAGCCCUGCCCCUUGGCCGCAGAGGCCUCAGCCCUGGGGAGGGAGGGGGCACUGGUGCCCCCAGCCUCUCCAACCCCCAAACUGCUGCUGCGGGGAACCACCCCCCCCCCGCCUUCAGAGCCCUCCCCCUUGGACUAGAGCGGCUGGGCAGAGCUCGAAACAGGGGCAGGGGCUCCUCUGCCAGCCUGUGAGCAUGGCAGUCAUUCCUGGAAGGGGCAGGACCUCCGAACUUGUCCAUUUCGGGGGAAACUUGGGCCCUGCCAAGGGGCAGAGCUUGACCCUGGAAAUUCUGGGCCACCCCCUCCACCCCCACCCUGAGGCUCCCCCUGCAGGUGGGGGGGUACCCACACCGGGAAUGAGCAGGCUCAGCAGGGGGGCAGCCCCACCCCUAGUCUGCCCUCCCCUCUCCCCUAGGCUCUUUCUCCAGCCCUGUCUCCAUCUGCCCCAACCCCAGCCCACCUUGUCUCUUGGACCUAUUUUCUAUGUCGCCUGGAGGAGUCCGGCACCCCCUCCCCGGCCAUUUGUGACAAAACAUGAAUAAACUACUGCAAAUA